AUGGCGAACCAAUUUGUAUUGGACUCCCAAGACGACUUGUUUUACGUGAACCGGAACACCCCAGAACGUCCUCGAGACGCCGUAGACCGUCUCUGCCUGGUAAUAUCUCGGGAUCUCCAGGAGGACAUUCUGCACCACUGCCACGUGGACUUCCAAGGCGCUCAUCAGGGGAUCAUCCGGACCUACGAGAGACUGCCUACGGAGUUCUACUGGAUUGGCAUGUUUAAGCACACCGAGCAGUACGUCAAAGAGUGCGUUGACUGUGUCACGGCUAAGGGACUAUCCCGGAACCCGGGCCCGACACUCGGCAACCUGUUGGCUACGCGACCGUUCCAGGUCGUCUCCAUGGACUUUGUGAUACUGCUACUUCGGUCCGCAUGGGCCAAUACGGCGCUGCUCCUGUUCCAGUGCGCGUUCUCUGGUUUUAUCAUGAGCAAGGCCAUGGCGAGCACUGAAGCCCAAGCUGUGGCUGAAGCCUACGAAGAGUGCAUGUUCCGGAGAUUCGGAGCCAGUGAGAUGAUCCGUCACGGCCGAGACCCGCGCUUUAUGGAUCAGGUGUUCAAGCACUUUCGGGAGAUGCUCGGGAGCAGGCAACGCGUGACUCUAGUGUAUCGCCCCCAGGCCAAUGGACAACAAGAGAGGUCCGUGCAAACGAUGAUCCGCAGUGUUAAGGCGUACGUAUAG